ACGUCUAAUUUUCAUUAACUUGGAUGCGUGUUUGGGAAUCCAGGUAGCGCUGUCGCCGUAUAGUUCCUCUACACCUGUAAAUGUGUUUUCUGGGCACGGUGCACCUCACAUGUAUGUUGACAGGGUGACAGCUCGUCCAAUUUUGCUUUCUGCCUUACCGCCUGUUAGUGUCAGAAGAGUCCGAGUGAAAUUAAAAAGGACCAGUCUAACUCGCCUAUAUGAAUACGCACGUAUCGGUGGGUAUAAUUAUCGUAAUGAAGGGCUCCAGUUUGCCAGAUCAGCUUCAUCUGUUUUGUGAGGGGUGCUUGGACAAAAAAAAUCCUUCAAGCGAAAGGGGUUGCCUAGCCGGAUCGCUCAGAUGGACAGGCUUUUCAAACUGUUGAUGUAUCUUAUCGGCUGUUUUGGUGAGGGACUGUAUCAAACUAUUAUAAAUGUGGACCCCCUCCUCCCCCCCCCCCCCAAUCUAGCAGCUAUUGCUAUUGGUGUCUCCCUCCAUCGGGCGCCACAACAAUAGGUUUGUUUUGAGCUGUAGUAUUGAUUUGCGGGGGCGUGUCAAUGGGCGGAGAUACGAUGCUGACGCAUGAUGCAGGCUUCGAUCCGAUUUGUUAACAAAAAGCUGGCCGUCCUCUCCGAUUAAGGAGAAAUCAUCUGUCGGGGGGGCAGAGCGGCAGAUAGAGGCAGGCGAGAGCACAGAGGUGGGAGCUGCAAGUUUCGGCGUUUCUUCAAGGAGACAGAGGAGCCCGUCCUCCUCAACUGGAUAAGCUUCGCAGCGGACGCCUCUCAUAGCAUCUCACCGCUGGGGUGCAGAGAGCAUCAUUAUUUUACUGCGAUGAACUCCCCUACUUGAGAAACAUGCGACGCAUCCCUGACACCUCCACGGACUGCAUCCCCGAUUGCCCCCGCACUGGAUAUUAAUGUUGCUCUUCAGAUUUGUUAACGGUUGGUACGGCGAUUUAAGACCAAUUAUUCGGGAUUUUAAGAGUUGCGGGAAACAUCUUCUAAAGGCUCGGAGCUAACGGCACUUUUCAAAUUACUCGUAGACCUUUAAAUGAUUAAUUUCUUUGGUGGUUUCAAGUAAAAUAUUUUUAGUACUGUCCCCAUUUCUUUAUUUUGACUCGCUUGAUGCCAGCGCCUCAAGACUGCCUUCAUGGCAGGAUCAUGAAGUGUUUGACUUUCUUCCUUCUGCUUCCAGAAACGCUGAAAAGGUCCAAACGGAGCGUCAAACACAGCAGCAAGCUGCCAGUAUGCUAUGAGAUUGUAACUCUGUCCCUGAAGAAGACCAUGGCUGCGGAACUGUACCCUGCCAACAGCAACACCAACCUACCCAAUAGUCCCGGAGGCGCCGCGACCAAGAAAAGCCUCGCCCCGGUGCACCAGACCGCCCCCUCCUGUCCGGCGGCGGCGGCACAACUCAACAUAAACAACAACAACGUGGAGACAACGAGCUGGCAGUCCUGCCACCCCACCCUAAGGGAAAGGAACGCCUUAAUGUUUAACAACGAACUCAUGGCUGAUGUUCAUUUCAUUGUGGGACCAGCUGGGGCUUCUCAGAAAGUGCCUGCACACAAGUAUGUGCUUGCAGUGGGCAGCUCAGUUUUCUGUGCAAUGUUUUAUGGAGAUUUGGCAGAGGGCAAGUCAGAAAUCCAUAUUCCAGAUGUGGAACCUGCUGCUUUUUUGAUUCUUUUAAAGUACCUGUACAGUGACGAAAUUGACCUAGAGGCAGACACAGUACUUGCUACUUUAUACGCUGCAAAGAAGUAUAUUGUACCUGCUUUGGCAAAAGCUUGUGUAAAUUUCUUGGAGACAAGCCUGGAAGCAAAGAACGCUUGUGUAUUGCUGUCUCAAAGUAGACUCUUUGAGGAGCCAGAACUCACUCAGCGCUGCUGGGAGGUAAUUGAUGCUCAGGCUGAGCUCGCUCUUAAAUCAGAGGGCUUUUGUGAAAUUGAUCAACAGACACUGGAGAUCAUUCUAAAUCGUGAGACAUUAAACACUAGAGAAGUGGUUGUAUUUGAAGCAAUUGUGAGCUGGGCUACGGCAGAGUGUAAACGGCAGGGCUUACUGGUUACAACCCGAAACAAGAGGAGUGUUCUGGGGAAAGCACUGUAUAUGGUCAGGAUACCAACAAUGACUCUUGAGGAGUUUGCCAAUGGUGCUGCUCAAUCGGAUAUUUUGACCCUUGAAGAGACACAUAAUAUUUUCUUAUGGUAUACUGCUUCUAAUAAGCCCAAGAUCGAUUUUCCUCUUGUACAGAGGAAAGGACUCACACCACAGAAGUGCCAUAGAUUCCAGUCUUCAGCAUACCGCAGCAAUCAAUGGAGAUACCGUGGACGAUGCGACAGCAUUCAGUUUGCAGUAGAUAAACGCAUCUUCAUUGCUGGAUUAGGACUUUAUGGCUCCAGCGGAGGGAAAGCAGAGUACAGUGUCAAAAUUGAACUAAAGAGGCAAGGGCUAGUCUUGGCCCAAAACUUGACUAAGUUUAUUUCUGAUGGCUCCAGCAGUACCUUUUCAGUUUGGUUUGAGCAUCCUGUGCAGGUGGAACAGGAUACAUUUUACACCGUGAGUGCAGUUUUGGAUGGCAAUGAGCUCAGCUAUUUUGGACAAGAAGGGAUGACGGAAGUUCAGUGCGGCAAGGUAACAUUCCAGUUUCAGUGCUCUUCAGACAGUACAAAUGGCACAGGAGUACAAGGUGGACAAAUACCAGAACUCAUAUUUUAUGCAUGACUUACACCUGACAUUUCUAUUUACCAUUGCUACGCACAAAGCACACCACAGAAACAAUGGCCUUCAAACUGCAGCGUGGCAAUGAAGAAUGCACCACAUUAAAAGACCUGUUAGCAGACUAUCACUAAAUGAAGGAAUGCUAUUGAAUUUAAUCUAUUUUAUUUAUUUAAAUAUAGUGUAAUGUUAUUUUACUUAUUACUGCAGCAUGCAGUGCUCUAUGUACAAAGUUGCUAUUCCCUUAAGUGAUUUUGUGUUUUGUACAUAAAAAAAUUGUUUACAUAUUUGAGAUCAAAUGACAAACAGAAUGUUCUGUUUUAUGAGAGCAGCUUCCCGGUUGUUAAAAUUAUAAAAGAUAUGUG